AUGCAGGACACAAGCAUUGCUCUUGACACAGUUCGAUUACACAGUUUGAAGUUUUCUCAGAGUCGCAGAAACGAGCUACUGUUCAAAUUCACUGCAAAGAGCGAUGAAUCCAGAGAGGACUGCAAUAUCCUCUCUGAUAUGAGAAACGAGCAAUGCAACUGCAGUGCAGUGCCGUUACAGGAAAACACCCACCAUAGUGACACUUUUUUUCCUUCCUUCCUUCUUCUUUUUUUCUUUUUUUUGGAGCCGCUGCGUGUAUCCCCGCAGGGAGAGAGAGAAGUGAAAAAAAAGGAACAAGGGACACCCCCCCCAUUUGGUAGAGCCGUACGGGAAAUAGAGAGUGCGGGGUGUGGGUGGGUCUCUGCUGUCGUUUUUCGGUUGUUCCGUUCUUUUCCGGAAAAACUCUUGGCUGUGGGUGUGUGGGUGUCGUCCCUGCAGUGUGCCGUAUCACGUGACAGGGUGGUGGGAUUUGAGAAUGUCCGGGACAUACGAUAUGUCUGUACUUUUGAGCAUUCUUGUCCUUUCAGGAGACAUUUUUUUGUUGGUCACGUGUUGCACAGAGAGUGUUAA